AAAGAGACAAACGCUAAGGGCACGUUUUGUAUGCGCGCGCAGCUUUCCCGACGUCCCCGCGGCGUCAGUCGAGCGUUACGCUUCGUAGUAGUCAGUUGGUUGUCGCGUCGCGUCGUGAGCGAUCGCAGCCGCCGCGUAAAUAAAUAAUAAUAAUAAAAUAAUCAAAAGUUAAAAAGUGAUGAAUUAAACUGUCCCGCGUAAAAAAUAUCAAGUUAAAUCGUUUAAAUGAUGGGCGUUGGUGGUUGUGUUAGCGUUCGGCAGGCCAGAGGUGUGUGCCACUGCCCGGCCUGCCCCAGGUCUUCAGGACAGAUGCCCCCUCAGACCUUGGUCCUACCUCCGAUGGCCAUGACGGAGCCGGAGACUACCCCGGUGAAAGACAAAAAAGGAUCGAAAAUGAAAGUUUUGAAGAAAAUCAAAAAGAAAAUAGGCCUAGCGCCCAGGACAUCGUGCACGGGCGGCGCCCCCAACAACCUCCCGCCGCUGACCUUCCACAGCGUCCACGGAGAGAACAUCAGGGUGUCUAGGGACGGGCUCACCGCGAGACGGGUGGAGUCCUUCUGCAAGGGAGUCGCCUUCUCCGCGAGGCCUGUUAGAGUUAAUGAGAAGGUGUGCAUUCGCUUCGUAGAGAUAUCGAACAGCUGGAGCGGGGUGAUCCGAUUCGGCUUCACCUCGCACGACCCCGCGACCCUAGCCCACGCUCUGCCCAAAUACGCGUGUCCCGACCUCACAAACAAACCGGGCAACUGGGCGAAAGCUUUAGGCGAAAGGUUCUGCGAAACGGACAACGUGCUACACUAUUACGUGAAUUCAACUGGCGAUGUGCACUUUGGGGUUAACGGCGAAGACCGGGGGCUGUUCUUUUCCGGAGUGGACACCAGGAGUCCCCUGUGGGCGCUGGUGGACGUUUACGGAAACUGCACAGCCGUCCAGUUCGCCGAUCCCAGGGUGCCGAGCCAGAGGCGGUCGAACCACAGCCCCGCAGACGAAGACAGACUGGUGUCCGGCGUCAGAGCGAUGACCGUAGAGGACCUGCCUCCGCCCAGAUACCAGAAUCCACUGGCGCCGCUAAGCUUGCACAGAACGAAGGGCCGGAACGUUCAGGUGGUCAAUGAUAGGGGUAUCGCCGCGAGAACCGAAGCCGAAUUCUGUCAGGGAUACGUGUUCACGGCGCGACCCAUGCGUCCGGGGCAGACCAUAGUCGUUCAGAUCCUGGCCACGGAGACAGCGUACGCCGGCAGCCUGGCCAUAGGACUCACGUCCUGCGAUCCUGGGACUCUGAGGCCAUGCGAUUUGCCCGACGAUGCGGAGUUGUUGUUAGAUCGACCGGAAUACUGGGUCGUGAGGAGGGACGCAGCUAACGGCCUCAGGAGAGGAGACGAGCUGGCCGUCACGCUGACCCUGGACGGAGAGGUGAGGGUCAGCAGGAACGGCUCGAAUCCGGUGACGGUGAUGCACGUCGACCAUACGUUAAGGCUAUGGGCUUUCGUGGAUGUAUACGGCGCGACACAGAAAGUCAGGAUGCUGAGUACGCAGACGGUGGCGCAGACCCCUCCCCCGCAGCUGAGGGUGGUGGCGGGGGCGGGUAGCGCGGGGGGCGCGGUGCUCGUCGUCAGCCUGCCCCCGCAAGCCGGGGGACACCAGGUCAACCAACAGGGGCUCACUCUGGCCAGCGCACAUUAUAUCGAGCCGAUCCAGGCGACGUCUCAGAUCUGUCUGACCGGCCUCCAGCCCCUCGCUCAGCCGUCCACCUGCGCCCAGCAGUUCCAGUCCCGUCCCCGGAACGAGGUUCAGUGCUCCUCCACCCAGAACAGCACCAACGAACAGGUCCAGAUGCCGAACGGCCACCCGGAGCCUCUGAGGCUGGUGGAACGGCUGCCCUCGACCAGCCGCCAGCACCAGCCCGUGUACUCCGUCAUCGGCGAGGGUCCGACGGGCGCCGAAUGCUCUAUAUGCUACGAGAACCCAAUAGAUAGCGUGCUGUACAUGUGCGGGCACAUGUGUAUGUGUUAUCGGUGCGCGGUGCAGCAGUGGAGGGGGAAGGGCGGGGGUCAGUGCCCCCUGUGCAGGGCGCAGAUCAAAGACGUCAUCCGCACGUACAAGUCGUGAUCGCGCGUCCGUCGCCCCCGUUCGAUAGAUGGCGGUGUUGUCGAAACCCCCGGUGCGGUUGUCGCGGCGUUUUGGAAUGUCGGUCCGUGGACAGCUCGAGACCACGCCAGAGCCGCCGAGGCCGCGAACCUUCACGAAUGCUCAUACCAAAUAGCGUUACGGUAAUAUUUUUUUUAAGUCCCUAAUAACGAAAAUUAAAAAAAAUAGCAAAAACAAAAUCAACAAAAAAAACAACCCAGAUCUGUAAAUAUUAAUUAAUUUUAAUAAGCCUUCUCUUCAUUAAUAUAUAUAUUUAUUAUGUAAGUGUUAUUUAAGAUGAUGAUUGAGCGAUGUGAUAUGAUGACGUUGUCGGGUUAUUUGAAUUCAAUGUUUUAGUGUAACGGGAGACAGGUGGCGGCGAUGCGUUCGAUUCGAACACUAAAUUUGACAGCUGUCAAAUUGAUAGCCGUCAGUUUGACAGCUGUCACUCGACGGUGACUUUCC